CCUCUGAAUGAUGUGUCGUUCUCAGAGCCGGACUUCUCCUACCUGGACGCUCUGGCUCCCUAUCAGCCGCUGGCAAUGAAGUGUGUUUACUGCCCUAUAGACACGCGACUCAACUUCCACCAGGUGUCCAAACUCCUGAAGGACAUCCAGCCUCUUCAUGUGGUGUGUCCCGAGCCGUACACACAGCCUCCUCCGGCUCAGGCUCACCGCUCAGACCUGAUGCUGGAGCUGCAGCCUCCACCCAUGGCCUAUCGUCGCUGCUCCGUCCUGGGGCUUCCCUUCAGACGCCGCUACGAGCGCAUUCAGCUGCUGCCUGAGCUUGCCAAAUCUCUGGUUCCCUCUGAGAUUAAACCCGGCGUCUCUGUCGCUACAGUGUCUGCGGUUCUGCAGUCCAAGGACAACAAGCACGUUCUGCAGCCGGUGCCCAAACCCGCUCCAGUGCCGCCCAGUAAGAAGAGGAAGAGGGUGAUGGAGGAACCGCCAGAGGUCCUGAACCCGAAACCUCUGCUCAGCGGGGCGGUUCCUCUCGAGCCGUUUCUGGCCACACUGCACAAGAACGGCAUCAUGGAGGUGAAGGUGGAGGAGACGGCAGACGGACACAUUCUUCACCUGCAGGCAGAAGAUGUGCUCAUCCAACUGGAGGAAGACGGCACACACAUCAUCUGUGACAACAACGAGCCGCUACGCACCGCGCUGAGAGACCUGGUGCUGCGCUUCCUGCAGAAACUAUGACCUCUGACCUCUCGUGGAUAUCUGGCUCCUUAACGACUUGACCCGUCAAUAAAG